AUGAGCGACGUUUCUUCUGAGAACCGCAAAGUCACCGAGUUUCUUCAGACUUUGGAUAAACUCUCUCAGGAACGGCUCAUGGACGACCAGAAAAGACAAUGGCUGCUUGAACGGGAUAUCGACCGGUUGAGUGAGAGUAGGAGUCGCCGGAGCCGGAGCGGCUCGGGUGCCAAUUCUCCUACUUCCUCGCUGGCUUCGUCUAAGAGACCCAGUUUGAGCUCGAGGGCUUCGUCGAAGGGGCACGAUAUCAAGGAGCUUGUGUUUAACCGGACUGCUAGUGCCAGAAGCAAGUUCCAAGAAAAGUGGAAAAAUCGGAACCCUGAGAAACGGCUGAACCUGACAUCUGAAUAUGCGUCUGACGAUGAGUUUGACGAUGAGGGCUACCAGCUUCCGUAUAGACCUAGGAAGAACUCCAGGCCUAAGGGUUCGAGGAGACUGGCCAAUAAGGAUAUGGAAAUAGAGCUUCCCAGACGCUCCAGGUCGCCUUCGCUACCGGGACGGCUUUCUGAGGGUGAGGAAGACGAAGACGAUGAGCUUGAUCUUGAUUUUGGCUUGAAAAGACCGGUGGCUAGGAAAACUUCCUCUUCCUUGAAGUCCUGGGUGUCUAGGGAAUCUGGCGAAGAGAGUCCUAGAACGCCCAAGAGCCCUAAGACGCCUAAGGAAGAAAGACCUGGCUUCAUGAGAUCGAUGAAGGGCUCCAUUUCCGAUAUGAGAGGUUCCUUAUCGGAUAUGAGCGUCAAGGGUUCUUUUACUGAUAUGAGAGGCUCGUUGCAUGAUUUGAAAAAGAAGGGUUCCGGCUCGUUUACCGAUAUGGAACGUAAGAUCAGACGCAGAGGUGUGGGAGAAGACGGUGAACCUAAGGUUAGCAAGAAACAAGCCAAGAGAGACGCUCGUAAGUUGACGCUUGAGGACCGUAAUAAUGUGUGGAGAGCUGAGUCUGACGAUGACGACGACGACGAAGAGGUCGACCAAGAGCAGUUGGAAGAGGACGAGGAAGAAGAAGUUAAUGUCUGGAGAGCCCAACUCGAAGCUGAAAGAAAGGCUGCUGCUAGUGGUAAGGCUGAAAAGAAGGUUCCUGCCUGGAAGGCCAAGGAUCAACAACCAAAAGAACAACCAUCGUGGAAGGCUGAGAACAAACCUCAACGUAAACCAAUGGUGUGGAAAGCUGACGACGACAGCGACUCUGAGCCUGAGGCAGAGUCUCCCAAGACUUAUAAACCAAGCAAGCCUGUUAAACCAGCCAAGCCAUCGAAGCCAUCGAAGCCUGUGAAAAAGUUUAGGCCAGUUACGCCUGAGGAGUCUGAGGCUUCUGAAGUGUCUGAAGCUUCUGAGGUUUCUGAAGAGGAAGAAGAAGACGAAGUUCCUAGAAGUCCAGUUUCGAAGAGAUCUGGCGCGUCAUUUUCCAAACCGGAAGCUCCAAAGCCUCGUGCUGCCGCAUCAAGAACACCAUCUGCUUCUUCCUUGACUUACACGCCACAGCUGGUUGCUGCCAAACCAAUGCCUAAGAAACCUGAGUUCAAGCCAGCUCCAAAGCCUGAAUCUAAACCAAGCCUUGGUUCCAAGCCUGUGUUCUUUAACCAGGAACCUAAGCCUGCGGCUAAGACAUUCCCCAAACCUGAAAUCAACAGUUUGGCUAAACCUGGCUCUGCUGGUACUAAGGCUGCUCCUCCUCCAAAACCAGCGAAGCUUUCUACUAAGGCUUACGAGGAGAAGGAUUCGCAAGAGGUGAAGGACCAGAUUCUGCGUCUUUCUCCUACGAAGGCCGACAAGGGCCCUGAGAAGCCAGCCAAGAAGGAUUUCGACAAUGAGCAGAAGGACUUGCUUAAGAACCAGCUCGAUAAGCUUGCAACGAAAAAGCAGCCUCCAGCUAAGCCUGCCAAACCUUCCUCGAAACCUUCCUUUCACGAACCAAAAGAAGACGAAGCUGAGGCCAUUGGAGCCCGCAACUCCCUCAAGCCUGCUAAACCAUCCGCAUUGAAGGCUCCCGCUAAGCCAGAGGCCUUGCAGAAGUACUCUGCCAUGAAGGGCGUGUCAAGAACAUCCAGUGACCUCCAGGAACCCAAGGGGAAGCCUAGUUUUCAAGCCGAAUUAUCUGGUAUACUUCGCUCGAGCACCGAGCCUUCGUUGAGGGCCGACGCUCCAUCUAAUGCAUCCUCCAGCUCUUUGGUUGAAACUUCAACCAAUGGUCCACCAAGAAAUACCCUCAGAAAGGUGCAGACGGAGCCGGCUGUGGCCAAAAUCUCGCAUGUCACCAAAUCCAGAGCCAAGGGCCCCAAGAGAAAGUUACCCAAAUCAGCUUCUGUUGGUGAAAACGAGCUGUUUGACGUUGAACGAGCUCUGGCCAAGUCUGAGCCUGAAGUGGAAGAAAAGGUUGAGGAGGAAAAACCCAAGGCCAAAAUCCCACCCAAAAAGCCUGCGAAAAAACCACCACCAAUCAAGGCUAAGAAACCAGACAUUCUUGCAAAGCCACGCAACGUCAGUGGCGAGUUAUUUAUCUAA